GAGAAGGAAUGGAUGACGUCGGCCAGCUGGUGACGUGAGUCUGCUUCUGGCCUAGUGCGCAGGCGCGACGUUGCGGGCUAAGAUGGCGGCGCUCAGGGUGCUCGUGUUUGGCGGGGCCGUCGCUCCUCUCCCAUUCCCGGCCGCUCCUCUCUCAUUCCCGGCCGCUGCGGGGAGGCGCUACGUGAGAGCGCUGAGGAGGAGGCCCAUCGAGGUGCUGGACACUCGGCGGCAGGGAGCUGCUGGGGCCGGGGAGGCUCCCGGACGGGAGAGGCCGGGGCUCAGUGGGCCCGCCCGGCAGACGGAGAUUCAGCUCGGUGGUCGGGCCGGGCAGCUGCCCCUCGGCCGGGAGAGGACUGGACUUCGUGGUCCGGCCGGGCAGAAGGAGCUUGGACUCGGUGGUCCGGACGGGCAGGAGGGACCUGGGCACCGUGGUCGUUCUGGACAGCUGUCCCUCGGCCGGGAGAAGACUGGACUUCGUGGUCCGGACGGGCAGGAGGGACCUGGGCUCCGUGGUACGGCUGGGCAGUUGCCCUUCGGCCCCGGCCUGUCGUUCGAGAGGGCGUUCCCCGGAGACAAGCGGCUGGCAAAAGUUAUGACCAUUGUGAAGUCCAAGAAAUUCCGUAACCAGCAUGGGAAAAUCCUACUGGAGGGUUGGCGGCUGAUAGCGGACGCCUUGGAAGCCGGAGCGUCGCUGGAGACCCUCUUCUUCAGUAACAUGGACAGCGUGAAGGAAUUGCCUCCGGAGAAACUGAAGCACGUUAAAUUGAUCAAAGUGAAGUUUGACGAGAUUAAGAUGUGGUCUGAGCUUGUAACUCCCCAGGGGGCACUCGGAAUUUUUGUUAAGCCAGAAUAUUCAAAGAUGAAGUAUCCAAUUCAACAAGAGCACACUGUUCCCCUCUUCCUCAUUUGUGACAACAUCCGAGAUCCCGGGAACCUGGGCACAAUAUUACGAUCUGCAGCGGCAGCUGGCUGCAGUAAGAUAUUAUUGACCAAAGGUUGUGUGGAUGUGUGGGAGCCCAAAGUGCUUCGGGCCGGAAUGGGUGCUCACUUCCGCAUGGCCGUGAUAGCGAGCCUGGAGUGGGAGGUGGUUCCCAACUACAUCUCCACCAGCACCUGUGUCCACGUGGCGGACCAUUCCUACCCGGAUGUCGGCAGCCCCUCGGCCCUCCCUGGACCCCUGUCUGCGGGUGACCGGACCUGCACGUCUUCGCGCACAGCGGACGAGUACGAGGAGAGCGACAGCAAGGACGAGGAGCGAGAGUGCUCGCUCUCGCUGCCCAAGGUGGACACUCAGAGUUGCUACCAACCGUGGGCGAUGGAACAGACGGCCAUUGUGGUGGGCGGGGAGACGCACGGCCUCAGCCUAGAGGCUCUCUUGUUGGCGGAGAAGACGAGGGGGCGGAGACUGUACAUUCCCAUCACUCCGGGCGUGGAGAGCCUCAAUUCGGCCAUGGCCGCGUGCAUUUUACUCUUCGAGGGCCAGCGGCAGCUCUUGCUUCAGGCAGCAAAUGCCAACAGGACUCCAACGAGCCAGUAGUAACAUCGCUGUUCUAUGAUCAAAAACGAACAAAAAAAAUAAAACAAGUGAAUCCUUUACAAUCUCUAAUCCAGCUGUCUUUCAACUAUUCACAACUUUUAAUUUAGUUUAUAGAUAGACACAAAAUGCUGGAGCAACUUAGCGGGUCAGGCAGCAUCUCUGGAGACAUAGGAUGGGUGGCGUUUCGGGACAACGCCCUUCUUUAGUUUAGUAUUUUAGAGAUACAGCAUGUUAACCAGCCCUUCAGCCCAUCGAAUCCAUGCUGACCGUCCAUUGCCCAUUCACACUAAUUAUCCCGCGUGUGCAUCCCACUCCCGACACAUUUGGCCGAUUUGCAGAGGCCAAAUAACCUAUUGUCUCGCACGUCUUCCGGAUGUGGGAGGGAACUGGAGCACCCGGAUGAAACCCACGCGGUCAUGGUGAGAAGGUGCAAACUCCACACAGACAGCAGCCGAGGUCAGGGUCGAACCAGCGGACGGGGUCGAACCUGGAUCCCUGGCGCUGCAAGGCAGCAGUUCUACCAGCUGUGUCACAGUGAUGCCUCACACCAAUAGAGUCAGCUGUGCAAGUCAAACAGGUAGCGUGAUAAUAACACUGGUAUCGUGUGUUCUUACAGGGACGUAGACAAUAUACCGGUGUUUGUCAUUGUCGGCACAAUCCCACUGAUUAACCAGGCAACACAAAGCCUCUGCGUGAUUUGACAGAGUGGUUUUAAAUGAUGUACUCUAAUGUACAUUGACUACAGUGUUAGUGUUUGCAGAACUGUAUAAACAAUAUAUUAUGCACUUCAAUGCAAAACUAUUAAAUGUCAGGCAAUUACCACAA